AUGGAUCAACUAUCUGAAGUGGAGUCCAAAAGUCGACGACUCUUUAAAGACUUUCUGCGCAAUAGUUAUAUCAGUGGACUACAGCCCUUUCUGCUCGAAACGUCUGUGCAUUAUGCCAAAGCACUCUGGCUAACGUUUCUAGCUGCGAUUGUUGUAUCGACCCACAUCGUUAUCGUCAAUCUGACACUUGAAUACAUUGACCAACCCACUGAGAUCCAUAUGGCACCCAAUCUGGUGCAUGUGGCAAACAGUCCCUUUCCCGCGGUCGCUGUUUGCAGCUCAAAUAUGAUCAGCAAACGGCAAAUGCAAACUUAUGCUGCGAAAAUCUAUCUACACCAGGGCGACAACUCCCCGACGGAUACCCCCCAAUUGGCUUUAGAUGUGGACGACUUGGCGCGUCGCCUGUUGGUGUUGGCCAACUUCUACCUGAAUGCCCACGAUGAGACGCCGUUGGACCUCGUUGAAUUGGGUCAACUUCAUUGGGUGCUCAACAGUUACUACAAUGGAAGCGAUUACUCGGUGCAUGAUAUAUUGCGGGAGCUUUCGCCUGACUGUGUUGACUUGGUGCCGCGUGGGAUAAUCUAUGGCUCGCCUGUUGACACAAGUCAACUAUUUCUCAAACGUGCAACCUCGUCGGGUGUGUGCUGCAUAUUUAACUAUCGACGGCCAAGUUAUUCGCAAUAUCCAUCUAAACGUGCUCAGGAUAAUGCUGAGAUGGCUUCUUUGCCAGAGUUAAUCUUUGAAUCGAAUUCCAUACUUAAUGGCAUACAAUUUGUGCUGCAGGACACAAAUGAGGAUGACUAUACACAGACAUAUUUUAGCAAUACGGCAUUUCGGCUGCAAAUAUUUCCUCAGGAAGAUUAUGCGACAAUUCAGUCCAAUACAAAUGGAGGGAUUCUCGUCGAUCACAAUACCAUUGUGGAAGUACCCAUACAACCUACAUUCUUUGACAGCAGUGAAGCGGUGCGUGGUGUAACUAACCAGACACGGCGCUGUUAUUUUCCCGAGGAGGGCAGACGACUAUUAAAUCAAUCCUACUACUCAUUAGACGAGUGCCUACUGUUGUGUCGCAUUGAGAGCAUGGUGCAGCAUUGCGGUUGUGCCUCAUCACCAAUGGCAGGUAGUUCCAUAAACGUCGCCUACUGCACGCUGCUAGAUUUGCCGUGUCUGAUGAGGUGGAAGCGCAUAUGGUAUGGCUACACGGAGUAUCCGUAUGUGCAGCUGGACGAUCAGGAUGAUGAAUCCAGCAUUGAACAAUGUAAACAUUGUUUGCCCACCUGCGAUGGCGUCAACUUUGAUAUAGUUAGCAAUGUGGCUCCACUGCGUAGGACUUACAAUUCGUCCGGUUAUUUUCACGGUUUGCUAAAGGGAUUGACUAACGAACGACCGUUAUCCAUAAUCAAGUUGUUCUUCAGGCUACGCUUUGCUCAAGCCACACAAAUGGAUAUGGUUGGAGAUUGGGUUAUACUGUUGAAUCGAUUUGGCGGCAUUCUCUCACUGAUGUAUGGCUUUAGCAUUAUUAGUUACAUAGAAAUUCUUUACUAUUUGACGGGCAAAUGGUUUGUGCAUUACUACAGGUCCUUUAAAAGUAAAAAGGAAACCAGUAAAACUGAUUCUCAAAGUUACUCACUUAAUUGGGAAGAGUUGCUUCCCCAUGGAACUGGGUCGUCCGUGCGGCAGCACUAA